UUCAUCAACUUCCGUUUUUGUGGGCGUAGAUAAUACCAAUUUUAUUUCAAAACAAAAAGUUACAUAAAAAAAAUAAGAGGAUUGUUUUGACUUUUAUUAAUAGAUUACCAGAGUUCAUAUUUGUGUCGGUUUUCUAUGGAAAGUUGUAGAUAAACGAUAUUUUAUGGAUAACGAAAUUUGUGAACGUGUUUUAUGGUUUUAAUUCAAAUGACAAGAACAUUCGGGCCGGAACAUUCAUUUGAUAAUCGUCGAAUCGACUUUUCAAAAAUUAAAGCAACAACCAUGAAGCUGCCAGUGACCGUUCAUUUACUAUAUACAUGAACUCAUAAAGGUUUGAAGGAAGAACUGGGAAGUCUUCUAACAGAAAACAGCUAAAAUUAGAAUGUAAAGCAAAAACAUUGGUCAUGACUUCAAAAUAAAGAUUUAACUAUGUUUGAAGCUUUGCCUGAUUUUGACUGCUGGAUGAUAACAGUGAUAAAUUUUAAAAGAAAUCUCUAAUGUUAACUUUCAGCUCAGUAAAAAAAUCUUGUUUCAUAAUGUUGAGUGACAUUUAAUUCAAGAAAAUGAAAAUUGUUAAUGCAAAAGGUUUAACACUAUAUGCCAGCUCUGGUUCACCGCCAGAUAAAGAAGGCCAUCUAAUGAAGAGAGGGGAGCUGAACAAAAGCUUCCAAAGACGAUGGUUCGUUUUAAGAGGAAAUCUUUUAUUCUACUAUGAAAAAAAGGGUGACAGAGAACCAAUUGGUGUCAUUGUUAUGGAAGGCUGUACGAUUGAACUUGCGGAAAACACUGAUAAUUUCACAUUCCAAAUAAAUUUUGCUUCAACAGGAUAUCGUACUUAUUUCUUAAGUGCAAAUACUCAAGAAACAAUGGAGUCGUGGAUGAAGUCAUUGUCAGCGGCAGGUUAUGAAUACACGCAGCUGCUGGUGGCAGACUUGCAGCAAAGGAGUCUUGAAGCAAGUGCUGAGCAGCAGCGGAAAGUGGUCGAAGAGGCUGACAGACAGAGUCGUUUACUAGCACAGAACUACACAGACAGUCAGAUGUUGAAAGAUACGGCAUCAAAUGCCCAAGUGACACGCAGAACAAACCCUUUUAACUCGAGAAAAAGUUCUGGUUCCGAAUAUGAUGCACCCAAUUUGUUCAAUGCGAUGGAACUUGGUGAACCAGAACCUUAUGUGAAGUCUCAUUCUCAGGCAGUGCUUAGAGACAGCAUUAAUAGUAAUAAUGAUCAGACAGGAAUGUCGACUUUCUUAAAAAUGCAUAAUGAAGUAGCAAAACAAAUAGAAUUGUGGACAGCCGAGUGGAAACAUAAACAACUGAGUAUGAGUUCAGUUGCAUGAAAAGGGUAAAAAGUUAAUAAAGUGAUUUGUUUUUUUCAUUGUGUUUCCAAAAGGAAACUGAUACAACAUGGAGUGAUGGUGAAAACUGCGUCAUAAUAAUUACUAAGAUUUGCUUUCAACAUGGAUGUAAACUAAAAACUCUAUUGGAUGCAGUGAUAACUCUUAGUUUAUUGGAAUGAUUUUGAUACAUGUACAACUAAUUAUGAAGACAGUUGAGAAAUUUUGUUAAAAAAUAGACCUUAAAAAACAUGACUAGAAGUUUAGCAAGGGCUGUUCCAAAACGGAUCUCAUCGGGGAGGGGGAGGCAAUUUUUUGUUUGUAUACCCAUCAGGGAAAAAGUUUACAUGACAACAAACAAAAAAAUCUGCCGGACAUGCAUAAAAUAGUUAUGCCUCCAACCUGCCCUAUGUGAUUAAUUUGGGAACAUUCCUAAAUAACAAAAUAUUGUGUUAUAUUAAGCAUUGAUGAAUAAUUAAAGGAUUAGAAUGA